GUGUAACUGUGGGGAAAGAAAGAGGUAGGUCUUGGGCUCUUGGCCCUACGAGAGUUAUUUUCGUUGAACAAUCGCAAUUCUCGAUCACAUGAAAGUCUGAGACUGAAGAAUACGUAUAAAUUAGAACCGAUUGAAAGUGCAGAGAGAGAGAGAGAGAACCGACAAGCAAACGAAAAGUAAAUCAAUCAAUCGUUGGAAUCUCUCAACUUAUCGCUUCUUCCUGUUUUAGAUUUGGGGGUUUCCGUUUCAAUGGACGACGGCGAGCUGGAUUUCUCGAACCAUGAAGUGUUUUCGAGUCCGAACAUGGGGGAGCUUCCGAGCAGCGGUUCAAUGGACAGUUUCUUCGACGAGCUUCUCAAGGACACGCACGCGUGCACCCACACCCACACGUGCAACCCUCCCGGCCCCGAUUUCUCCCACACUCACACGUGCUACCACGUACACACCAAAAUCGUCCCCGCCCCUGAGGAGGACCAGGUCGCUACUGAUGACACCGCCGAGUCCGCCGAGAAAAAGUCGUCGUCGAAGAAGCGGCCUCUGGGGAACAAAGAAGCCGUCCGGAAGUACCGGGAGAAGAAGAAGGCGCGUGCGGCGUCGCUGGAGGAUGAGGUUGUGAAGUUGAGGGCUCUGAACCAGCACUUGAUGAAGAAGCUGCAGGGGCAGGCGGCUCUCGAGGCCGAAAUAGCCAGGCUCAAGUGUUUGUUGGUUGACAUAAGGGGGAGGAUUGAAGGGGAAAUUGGGUCCUUUCCCUAUCAGAAAACAACAACAACAACGCCGAAUCCGGUGGCUGGUUCUUAUGUGAUGAACCCUUGUAACUUGCCGUGUGAUGAUAGGGUGUAUUGCCUUCACCCUGAUGGGAGGAUUGGGGAGACUGCGGCUUUGAAUGGGGAAGAGUUUGAUGGUUGUGAAUUUGAGAACCUGCAGUGUCUGGCAAGCCAGAAUUUGGGGCUCAAGGAUCUUCGCGCUUGUGGGGUUGGGGUUGGACACACAGGGUCUAAUGUAAAUUCUUCUGCCUUAUCAAAGAAAAGAAAAGGGGGAUCUCGUGCUGCAACAGCUGGUUGAAGAAUUGAUAAUUUGGUGGUUUUCAUCCUUGGCAUGGUAAUAUCUCCUUCCAAUAUCUCGUUACCAGUUGCAGCAUCAGCUAUCCAUCAAGUCAUUUUUUAAAAAUAAUUCUCUCUUUUUGAUCCACUACUGCAUUAUAAUGGUUCGAUUGGCUGCUCUACUAUGGAAGAUUAGUCAUAGAUUAAUGUUUUAUUUAAACAAAAUAGAGUAGUUGAUCUGCAGCCAGCAUAGCUUAUGGCCGAGACAGAUUUGGUGCUUCUCUUUGCAAUUAAGUUUACUGGUUUUUUUUAUUAUGCAUGGGACAAGUUAAACUGCCAUCAUAAAAUUUUCUAUGCUCUGUCAAUUUUAAAUCUGUCAAGUAUGUGAGUAGUUUUUACUUUGUUUAAUAAUAAUAGGAUAUAAAGUGGUGAUUUUUCUAAAUUCGCUAGUUUUUCAUUGCUGGAUUACAGAACUUAGGGAAGAUGGGGUGUGUUUCAUCUUUCAGUACUUAGUGAUGUGGACAGGUGAGACACCAAUGUCAUUUUGUGUAAUAUAAAAUCUUGUGAGCGAAAUAAUAAAGUUGGCUUGUAUGGUU